AUGCAUCUUAUUCCCAAGGAGCUUGAUAAACUUGCCAUUUCGCAGCUGGGGUUCUUGGCUCAACGGCGUCUCGCACGAGGGGUGCGCCUGAACCAUGCGGAAGCAGUGGCUUUGAUUUCGUCGAACCUGCAGGAGUUGAUUCGCGAUGGUAUCUAUUCGGUUGCGGACCUGAUGUCCAUUGGCAAGACCAUGCUGGGCCGUCGACAUGUCUUGCCCUCGGUUGUGUCCACUCUGGUUGAGCUCCAGGUCGAGGGAACCUUCCCAAGUGGCACAUACCUUGUCACAGUCCACCAUCCUAUUAGUAGUGAUGAUGGUGACCUGGAGAAGGCUCUUUACGGCAGCUUUCUCCCAAUCCCGCCUCCGGACACGUUCCCUGAUCCUAACCCAGAAGACUACGAGCCAGAGAAGAUGCCAGGUGCGGUGAUCCCGGUUAGGAGUGGGAGGAUAACCUUGAACGAGGGGAGGAAGAGGAUUCGACUCAAAGUCAUGAGCAAAGGAGAUCGUCCAAUUCAGGUUGGAUCACAUUACCAUUUCAUUGAGACGAAUCCUCAAUUGCAUUUUGACCGCAUCAAAGCCUACGGGUACCGUUUGGAUAUCCCGGCUGGCACGUCUGUGCGAUUCGAACCUGGCGAUACCAAGACGGUUACGCUGGUGGAGAUUGGCGGCCACAAGAUUAUUCGUGGAGGCAACUUUUUAGCAUCCGGGGCCGUUGAUCUAAGCAGGGCAGAGGAAAUCCUGACACGCUUGCAGGCGGCUGGGUUUGCCCAUGAGCCCGAGCCUGUUGGGGACAGUGCUUUCAUUUCACCCUUCUCCAUGGAACGAGAGGCUUAUUCUCGAAUGUUUGGCCCGACCGCUGGUGACCUUGUCAGGUUAGGCCUGACCAACCUGUGGAUCCAGGUCGAGAAGGAUCUCACCGUCUAUGGUGACGAGUGCACCUUUGGCGGAGGCAAGACCUUGCGUGAAGGGAUGGGACAGGCCUCGGGCAGAAUCGCAUCUGAAUGUGUAGACACCGUGAUCACCAAUGCACUCAUCAUCGACUGGACGGGAAUCUACAAGGCUGAUAUUGGCAUCAGGGAUGGCAACAUCGUUGGCAUCGGCAAAGCUGGCAACCCGGAUGUUAUGGAUGGUGUUCACCCGGACCUCGUGGUUGGUUCAUCCACGGACGUGAUUGCCGGUGAAGGCAAAAUCAUCACGGCCGGAGGCUUUGACACUCACAUCCACUUCAUCUCCAUGCAACAGAUGGACGAGGCUCUUGCGUCCGGAAUCACCACAUUUUUGGGAGGGGGCACAGGCCCAACUACCGGCACCAAUGCUACAACCUGCACGCCGGGCCCCAACCACAUGCGGCAAAUGAUACAAGCUUGUGACAGUCUGCCGAUAAACGUUGGUAUCACCGGAAAGGGGAACGACAGUGGCAAGGCAAGCAUUCAGGAGCAAUGCCGCGCCGGAGCCUGCGGGUUGAAAUUGCAUGAAGACUGGGGCUCCACCCCUGCCGCCAUUGAUACCUGCCUCGAAGUCUGUGAUGAAUACGACGUGCAGUGCAUGAUCCACACCGACACGCUGAACGAGUCCGGAUUCGUGGAGCAGACCAUCGGCGCGUUCAAGAACCGCACCAUCCACACCUAUCACACCGAGGGAGCCGGUGGCGGCCACGCGCCGGAUAUCAUUUCAGUGGUCGAGCAUCCAAACGUGUUGCCCAGCAGCACGAACCCCACCCGGCCGUUCACCCUGAACACCCUCGACGAACAUCUCGACAUGCUGAUGGUGUGUCAUCACCUGUCGAAGAACAUUCCCGAAGACGUCGCCUUUGCCGAGAGCCGGAUCCGUGCCGAGACCAUCGCCGCCGAGGACGUGCUCCACGACCUCGGAGCCAUCAGCAUGAUGUCUUCCGACUCACAGGCCAUGGGCCGCUGCGGUGAAGUGAUCCUGAGAACCUGGAACACAGCCCACAAGAACAAACUGCAACGUGGGCCGCUCAACGAGGACCAGGGCACCGGUGCUGACAACUUCCGCGUGAAAAGGUAUAUCAGCAAGUAUACCAUCAACCCAGCCAUCGCGCAGGGCAUGUCCCAUAUCAUCGGCAGCGUCGAGGUCGGCAAGCUCGCCGAUCUAGUCCUCUGGACCCCCAGCAACUUUGGCACCAAGCCCGCUCUGGUUCUCAAGAGCGGAAUGGUUGCCGUAUCGCAGAUGGGUGACCCCAAUGCAUCAAUCCCAACUGUCGAGCCAAUAAUAGCCCGCAAGCAAUUCGCAACUCUCGUCCCUAGUACUUCCAUCAUCUUCGUCUCACAGGCUUCGAUCGAUCUGGGUAUCAUCCAGAGCUACGGGUUGAAGAAGCGCGUCGAGGCCGUCAAGAACUGUCGGACUGUCGGUAAACAGGAUAUGAAGUAUAACGAUACGAUGCCGAAGAUGAAAGUCGACCCGGAGAGCUACACGGUCGAAGCAGACGGGAUGCUCUGCGAAGCUGCUCCGGCGGAGAGCUUGCCUCUAACGCAGAAUUACUUUGUCUAUUAA